AUGCAAGACCGCUUAGUCGACUCCACGCUAAUAGAUUUCGUCAAUGACAUGAACCUGAUGGAGUUUCCGCAGAAGUGCGCUCUGGGACCUAAGCAGCAGGUGGAUGAUGACGCAUCCAGCCCGGACUCGCCCUGGAGCGACCUGGAAAACGAAGACGUGCGCACCGAGGAUAUCUGCUCCGUGAUGGGCGCACCGAUGUACUACAGCCGCGGGACGCACGGCCAUCACAGCAGGUCGAAACGGAGGAGGAUCAUCAACGUGGUCCAGCGGCAGGCGGCCAAUGUGCGGGAGAGGAAGCGGAUGUUUAGCCUGAACGAGGCAUUUGAUGAACUGAGGAGGAAAGUUCCUACUUUCGCCUACGAGAAGAGACUGUCCCGUAUCGACACUCUCCGCCUGGCCAUCGUCUACAUCUCCUUCAUGACGGACCUGCUGGAGAACACCUGA